GUAAGUGAGAGCAAAACGACCCCGCACUUCCUAGUCUGAUAGUGAGCGAACACUAUAUCAGUGCCAACGUCUAACCUUCUUGGUUGCACUCUCAAACACCAGAAUUGGCCUUUCCGUAUUCCAUUCUUAUCCUAGUACUGUACAGUACUACUACAUUAUAAGUAGUUAAUGCGAUGAGUCUACAAGUCAUCCAACAGCCCGUCAGCGAUACUGCGCAGAGUAGAGUGUUUCGAGUCAGCAUCACAAAUGUCCCCGCCGACGUUCACAGAUGGAUUGCCGCCAACCCAGGACAGAGCGCUUUGCUAAUUGCUAACGGCAUUCUGUUCUUUACGCCUGCUGCCCUUACCGGCCCUCUCCUCGCAACGAUGGGUUUCGGGGCUUCAGGCCCUGUUGCUGGCUCUGUCGCGGUUUGGCUUCAGUCGAUACUAGGAAAUGUCGGCGCACGUAGCGUGUUUGCAUAUUUGCAGAGUGCAGGAAUGGGAGGAUAUGGGGUUGCUACAAUUAAUGGGAUUGUACAAGCUUUGGGGAUGAUUUCGGGACCCGCUGUUGCGGCGUACAACUGGCCUAGGAGGCCGAACACCAGAACUUCAGAAUCCACAAUACCAGCUCCAUCGAGCACCGUACUUAACACGUCUGACCCAAACUACCAAGCGAUGCUCACGACGGAGCCACUCGACACCGCCAACAUCGUCGACGCCCCCGCCGAUUUAUCCGUCUUCGACUACCUGACGAACAGCGAUACCGACGCGGAUAACGCUGACCUGUGCAGCGCCCGUCGGUGGGCAUGGUAUUGUAAGGACCCUGCGUGCCCCAAGUACUGGAGCGCUUGGUCUUGCAAGUCUAACUUCUGGCUGCAUAUGUACGAGACGAGUGUGCACCGCGCGGAUGUACGGACACAUACACGGGCAGGACGUCGCGAGCUAGCGAGGGAGUGGAGAGUCGAGACGGAUCGGGAGAUGAAAGAACCGAAAGAGCCCAAACCUGAUCCGUUGGGUAACGAGUAGGCCGCGGUGGCGUAGACUUUUCAGACGAAACAUGCUUUCGUCUUUGUUUGCGAGAUCGUUAUUUUUAGUAGCAUUUAAACUCAGCACACUAACUUACCCAUGUCAAGCUCUCCCGACGCUAAUGGCUAGCUGGCUUUCCCCUCGAAAUAGGAUUUCUGUCUAAGGAAUUAAGUCGACUGAAUUUUGUCAUCCUCUUUGUGCUUGCUUGUUAAUAUAUACCCUCAGCAACAAAACCAAACCAUAUUUGAGUCGCGUAU